CGGUAAACAAACGCCUUGUGCGUCUGCUAUGGUCUUGUGUUGUGUUCUGUAAUGUAGUUCACAAUGUUUAGGGCUGUAAGGAAAGUACGAUUAUUAUGUAAGAGAUGUGAAGCAGUAUCAUAUAUUACAAAAGAAGGAUAUAGGAACUAUGAAGCAAACAAAUCCUGGCAGACGUCUUGUCCAUCUUCUUGGUCACAUCACUAGAAUGAAGAUAAAGUUCACAUAAUGCAGACGAAUAAUGAAGGAUUCAAGACUUGUGAGAAGACCUGAAGCUUGUUAUGAGAAAGUUGCUUGAACUUUUGUCUCCCUUUUAAAGGAACUGAUGUAUUACUUGUCUUGAAGGGCUCUUGUCCCACUCCUCACCAAUCUCAGUAGCUACUAAAUUACAAAUGGCUGCUGUCAUCACAUGCUGAAGAAAAUUUCUGAGGAGGCGAUACGUACUAUCUGAAGCAUAUCGUUGUGAAGAUGCAUGGAAUAAUCGGUUUUCCUCUCCAGUCAUCCAGAAAAUUAAAUUGGAUGAGAUGUACCACGAGUUGGAUAUAAGGUUGCAGCAAGAAGGAAAAGCUGCUGCUGUUGACAUUGAUCUGUUUGCAAAUGCUGUGAAGACUGAAGAACAUGCUGAUGAGUUGGAAGAUUUGGUUCAUAAGCUACGAUUAAGUGAAAACACAUCAUCUAUGUUACCUUCCACACCACAUGCUGUCAUUCGUAUCUUACUAGAACUUGGCAGACAUGAACAGCUGUUGAACAUUUUGAAUGACAGAAUUAACUAUGGAAUCUUCCCUGAUUAUUAUUGUUCAUGUUUGUUAAUGGAUACAUUCCUAAAAUCAGGAAAUUAUGCAGCUGCUGCAAAAGUUGCUGCAAUGGAAAUGCUACAGGAGGACUGGUCCAAUCCUCUUACUACACACCUUGCCCUCUAUUCGUGCCAUAUGUACUUAAAGGAUCCUGGGCCUGAACCUUGGAAAGAGGAGGUGGUGGAAGAAAAUGACACUGAAGAAGAGGUGAAAGUACGUGUAAAGUACAUACGAAACCCAUAUUUUGAUGACCAUUUUGAUCUACGUGAUCCUCAGCUCUUGCUCGGAAAGACUUUCGCUACCAUUGGCAUAGCUUUGUCUGAUUCUGUUGGAUACACAUACCAGUUAGUGGGUUGGGCACUAUAUAAAAAAUGGAACAAAGUUGUUAAAUGUCUGGAUGAAGUGUCAGAGAAAAAACAAACAGUAUUCAAUGAAGGGAUAAAAAUACUUGAACGUGAACUCCAGAAAAUGGAAAAGGAUCCAGAAAAACAGGACCCUGGAAGUAGUGUAAGAGAUACAUGCAUACAAAAAAUAGAAAACCUAAGAACUUUGGGCCUUGUUUCAAACGAGUGUUUACAUACAGCAGUCGUGAGUAAAGUUAAAGCUGUAGUGGCCGAGCAUGAGCAGCAGAUGAUAACUGCACAAUGUAGUGUAUAUAAGGAAUGGGAGAAGCUGCGUGAAGAAGUCCUCCAGAAAGAAUUGGACAAAGUGAAGACACAGAAAAGAUUGCAGCAAAUUCAAGAGGAAAAGGAGCGGCUAGCAAAACAAGAGGAGGAAUUAUUCUUUUUUGAUAAUUUACAGAAACUUAACCUUAUUAUAAAAGAAGCCAAGUCUGUACCAAAGGAGGAGGUAAAAAGGAAAGGGAAAAAGAAAGAAGACGACGAAAAUUACAUACCACCAGAAGUAACUAAAAGAAAAAAAUAAUGUGUGAAAAUUAUGAACAUUAAGCAAAUAAUUAAAGAAUGUCUUAAGUAGUAGUGUCAUGUUCAUUUUUAAUUCUGUAUAUCCUUCCUUCAUUUUCUUGUGAUUUCAAGUCUUUUUUCUUGGGCAGUGCUGUAUUGCUACAUAUAUGGAAUUAUAUCAGUAUGUGAUGCUAUCUUGACUUGAUAGAGAAUGUACUGAAACUAAGAAAAUAUAAAGAGCUAAUGUGAAGAUUGACAAAG